UUCCUGUUUUCUCUACAUCAAUGUUGAAUUACACAGCUGAAUAUUUUUAAAGUGUUCCUGUUUUUCAACAGCUCAUCUGCUGCCAUCAUGUUCUGUCAUUAGCUGCUCACACAUUCAGAUGAUAAGAGGAAGGAAACUGAGCUCAUCGUCAACAACUUCUUUAUGCCAUUUGCAUAAAGUUCUGUGGGAAAAUAACUGCCUGUUACUUUGUUCUGCAGACUAAAGUAGAGUUUCUGCCUUUUUAGUUCAUUUAAAGAGAAGAAAGGAGCAGCUAUGAGUUUCUCAGCAGCGAUCCGUGGAGUUAUCGUCCUUCUCAUGGCAGCAGAUGUUUGUGGUCAGAAUGGUUGGGGAGUGACUUUUAGUCGUUCUUCCAUUUGUGCCCUAAAAGGAUCAACGGUGGAAAUGAGCUGCAACUAUAUUUACCCAGCCAAAUACGGCAACAUAAAUAUUGUUAUAGUGAAAACAUUUUGGUUUACAAAAGUGAUUAAUGGAGAUUAUGUGGAUCUGAAAGACGACUCUGAUUAUUCAGGUCGUGUGGAAUACAGUUGCAUUAAGACUUUCUGCUCUCUAAAGAUCUUUAAUGUGAGACAAACUGACUCACAAGAGUACAAGUUCAGGUUCAUAACAAACCAUCCAACUGGAAAAUACGUGGGUUCAACUGGAGUCUCUUUAUCUGUCACAGAUCCACAGCUCCAGGUGAAGGUAAACAGAUUAAAUGAUCCAAUCAGGAUCCAGCUGACAUGUCACACUGACUGUCAGCUGCCUCAUCCAGUUUCCUACGUCUGGCUGGAGGAUGGGAAAGCAAACAAAGAAAAUAACAAUAAUUUUGUCCUGUCCUCAUUUAAUACCACACACAGAUAUCAGUGUGCAAUAAAAGGACAUGAGGAUGUUCCAUCUCCUGCAGUGUAUGCUCCACAGACCACCGUUCUGUCAGUGACCCCCUCAGAAACUGUUGAAGGCUCUAAAGUGACUCUGACCUGCAGCAGUGAUGCUAAUCCAGAAGCUAACUACAACAUUUACAGGGUGAAUGAAGAUCAACAUGGUCAACUUGUCAGCACAGAAAUACAACUAGUCUUCAGCUCCAUCCAGGUCUCUGAUUCUGGGAGGUAUUACUGUACAGCUGGAAAUGACCUUGGGAGCCGGACGUCUCCAAGUAUCGAUAUUAAUGUGAAAUACGGUCCAAAGAACUGUUCUGUGUCAGUGAACCCCUCUGGAGCAGUAGAGGAGGGAAACCCAGUGACUCUGACCUGUACUAGUGAUGCUAACCCAGCAGCUAACUACACCUGGUACAAGGAGAAUAAAAUCAUUGCUAAUGGGUCUGAGGUUUUUCAUGUCCUCGCUGUCGGCUCUGAGCACAGAGGAAGAUACUCUUGCAAGGCUCAGAACCUGCAUGGAGAAUGUAACUCUUCAUCUCGGUUUCUUGAUGUUCUCUAUGCCCCAAACGUCUCUGUGUCCAUAACUCCUUCAGGAGAGAUCAAGGAGGGAAACCCAGUGAUUCUGACCUGCAGCAGUGAUGCUAACCCAGCAGCUAACUACACCUGGUACAAGGAAAAAGACAACAAACUCCUGGAAUCAAAUAAAAAUCUCACCUUCGACUCCAUCAAGUCGAUGGAUUCUGGGCAAUAUUACUGUACAGCCAUAAACAAGAUGGGACAAAACACCUCAAGAGUCAAUGUUGAUGUUAAAUAUGCUCCCAGAUCUCCUUCAGUGUCUCAGAGUCCAUCUGGUGACAUCGUGGUGGGUAGCUCCGUGACUCUGACAUGUAGCAGUGAUGCUAACCCAGCAGCUAACUACACCUGGUACAAGGAGGGAGAGAAGGCACAAAAAGAUUCAGAAGAAAACUUCACCAUCACCAACAUACAAAAUGAACACAGUGGGAACUAUUACUGUAAAGUCCAGAACAAGAUAGGACAUCAUAACACCUCUGUAUCUGUGACUGUUGUGCCAGGUCAACCAAUAUCAACGAUCACCUGCAGGUUGGCUCUAUUGAUCCUGAUUUCUAUGCUUGUCCUGAUUACUUUUAGAAGAACCCUGAAAACUAUGAAAAAACCCACAAAACUAUCUGAUCCUGUAGAAAUGAUGGAGAUGAGAAAUGUUAUUGAGAUCACAGAGUGAGUAUGGAUUGAUCGAUCAUUGAUCAAUGCAUUGAUCUGUAAUUAACCAAUCUGCUUUUGGUGCAUUGUUGUCAUUCAAUUACUGUACAUAAAAAAAAGAGUCGGACAGAAAAACUAGAAAUAUGAGGUGCUGCAUUUCACCAAAAUGAGGGUAAAAAAUUUAUUUGCAAAAAUAUAACCAUAAAAAUAACAAAAAAUUAAUACUGUUUGUACAUAUUGAGUCUCUGAGUUAUAAAGACUGCAGGUAGUGAGAAGAAUUGUAAACUGUUAUGAAAUGUUAAAGAAUCACAAAAAUACCAGCUUGUGCUGCAUAAAGAAGCUGAAAGGUCAGAGGUCAGCCCUCUGUCCUUCAGACUAUUUGGAUGCAGCUGCUUCAGUUCACGUCCAGCAGAGGUCACAGAGAAGAUUCACCUGGAACCAGUCAAGGUCAACCAUGGAGGAGUCAUGAACCCAGUUUACCACGACCCGUAACCAAGGAGACGGUUGGAGUGAAACCAGAAGAAUCAGAGAGGAAGUCCAUAUAAGGUUGUAACAGAGCGCAGCAUCACCACCUGCAGAGACUGUACUCUCCUACUGUAUUUUAAUAUCUUCAUAUCUAAUCCCUAAUUAUAUGUUGGUCAUGUUUAUCUGCUCAUAUUAAAGCUUAGAACGUUGAUAAAAAUAUGGUUUUGUUGGUUGUUGCUUUAAUUAAAGUUUGUUUUGAAGUGUU